UCUCUCUCAAGACUCAAGUGUAGAGAGAGAAAGGAAACAGCUUUCUUUCUUUCUUUCUCUCUCUAAAAUAUUUCAGAAACAUGGUUGGAGAGAGAAAUUUGAGAGGGUGAGUGAGGAGGAUCAUAAUCUUGGAGAUACCUUUUUUGUGGGUUGUUGAAUUUGAGAGAGAGGGGGUGAAGAUGUUGGGGUGUGAGUGUUGGUGGUGGAGGAGCAGUGACGACCAAUUGUAUGAUUACUCAGAGCCGCAGCCGCAGCCCUUCUCUCUGCCUUCACCUCUUCCACACUGGCCUCAAGGCGAAGGAUUUGCUACUGGAAGAAUACGCCUCGGAGAAAUUGAAGUUAUCCAAGUCACCAAGUUUGAGAGCAUCUGGAGCUGUAGUCUGUUGCGUGGCAAAUCAAAGGGUGUCACCUUUUAUAGACCUGCAGGGAUCCCCGAUGACUUCUUUUGCCUUGGUUACUACUGCCAGCGGAAUGAUCAGCCAUUGAGAGGGUAUGUUCUUGUGGUGCGUGAAACGGUUGCCAAAAGGGUGGAAGAUGGUUGUACUCGAGGCUCAGCAUUAGAGUUACCGGCUUUAAAAAAGCCGGUUAACUACUCAUUAGUCUGGAAUGCGGAUUUAAGUAAUAAUGGUUGUGGUUAUAUUUGGUUGCCAAACCCACCUGUUGGUUACAAGGCCAUGGGUUUUGUGGUCACUGACAAGCCUGAGGAACCCAGCCCUGAAGAAGUUAGGUGCAUACGAGAAGAUCUUACAGAGACUUGUGAAACACAUGAUCGGAUACUUGCCAUGGAUUCAAAGUUGGACCAAUUUCAGGUGUGGAAUACAAGACCCUGCAAACGAGGUAUGUUCUGCAGUGGUGUUUCGGUUGGUACAUUCUUUUGCAGUACCUACUUGGAUUCCGAUGAAGAGCUAGAAGUUGCGUGCUUGAAGAAUUUUGAUCCGUCCUUACACGCAAUGCCAAACCUGAACCAGAUUCAUUCACUAAUUGAGCACUACGGCCCCACAGUGUUCUUCCAUCCUAAUGAGGUUUAUUUGCCAUCAUCAGUACAAUGGUUUUUCAAAAACGGGGCACUUUUGUACCGGGAAGACACUGCGAAUGGCGAACCGAUUGAUUACAGAGGCUCCAAUUUGCCUGCUGGAGGGGAAAAUGAUAGUGAUUUUUGGAUAGAUUUGCCAAGCGAUGAUGAAGCUAAAAAUCUGCUCAAGGCCGGAAACAUAGACAGUGCGGAGCUAUACGUUCAUGUAAAACCAGCAUUGGGAGGAACUUUAACAGAUAUUGCUAUGUGGGUGUUCUGCCCCUUCAAUGGACCGUCCACCAUUAAAAUUGGUUUGGUAAAUAUUGCACUGAACAAGAUAGGCGAACAUGUCGGUGACUGGGAGCACUUCACUCUCCGAGUGAACAACUUCACGGGAGAACUCUGGCAAGUGUAUUUCUCAGAGCACAGCGGUGGCAGAUGGGUGGAUGCUUUUGACUUGGAGUUCAUCGAAGGGAGUAAGCCGAUUGUGUACUCAUCAAAACACGGUCAUAGUAGCUAUGCUCAUCCCGGGACUUACCUCCAGGGUUCAUCCAAGUUUGACAUAGGAGUAAGAAAUGACGCUGCGCGGAGCAAGUUCUUCAUUGAUUCGAGCACCAAGUAUCAAAUUGUUGCGGCCGAGUACCUUGGCAAUGGCGUUAUAUCCGAACCAUGUUGGUUGCAGUAUAUGCGAGACUGGGGUCCGACCAUUGUGUAUGAUGGACGAUCGGAACUAGAUAAGUUGAUUGAUCGCCUUCCGUUCUUUGUUCGAUUCUCUGUCGAGAACUUAAUCGAGUUGUUUCCUACGCAAAUCUACGGCGAGGAAGGGCCAACUGGCCCUAAGGAGAAGGAUAAUUGGGUAGGAGAUGAAAGAUGAUAGCUCUUCCAAGCAAAAUUGGCAUAUGAACUACUUUCUUUCCUUGGUUAUGGAUGGUUAAUGGCUUGUGAAAGAAUGUUGUAACGAGAUUUCUUAGGUAACAAGCAAUCGCGCGAGGCGGGGAAGUAACUCGACCCACGGUACUACGAAAGGGUUGUCGAACCUUGCCAGAUGUAUUUAUUGUCUUCGGAAAAAAUAAGUCCGGUAGGGAUCCCGAUAAUCUCUUCCGGGAGAGGGGAGAAGGAACUUGAUUCUCGAUGAACGAAGGGGCAUUGUAGGGAAUUUCCAUGGCCAUGUCAAUAUUAUGAAACACAGUAAUCAAAUUGGUUAAAUUUCAAUGAA